UGACGACUGGUUGUGAAAUACAUUUAAUAUAUUAUACAAAAUAUUUACUUCACAAAAUAAAUAAGACAAUUCAUAGGAUAUCUGCAAGUAAAUAAUAUUGUCGUAUAUAAGUUAUUUCUAAUUCAGCAGUGUUUAUUGUUAAAUCACCUAACCGUGGCUUUAUUCACGACAACAUAUAAACUCAAUCGCCUCAAGCCGGUUCCAGUAUUAUUCUGAACGCGGUCGGGCUCGGGAAGACGAAAAACUCUCAAAGUGUGCGACUAGAAGAUUUCAUUUUAAUCUCAAACUAACUUUAAGCAAUAUGCUAACGUUCGUAUUAGUGUUAGGAGUGAUAAUAGCUCUGUACUUAUAUGGAACUCACACCUUUAAUUACUGGAAGAAGAAAAUGGUCAAACACGAUAAACCCGUGCCGUUUUUGGGGAACAACGCAAGAGUUUACACGAUGCAGAUGAGCGUCACGCAGCUGAGUGACGAGGUCUACUGGAGGUAUCCCACGGAGAGCGUGGUCGGCUUCUAUCGUGGCCUGCUCCCGGAGCUGGUGGUGCGCGACCCUGAGCUCGUGAAGCGCGUUCUAGUUACGGACUUCGCCAGCUUCUAUCCGCGCGGCCUCAACAGACACCGGGAAGUGGAGCCGCUGGGUAAGAACCUGUUCUUCGCGGACGGAGAUCUAUGGCGACUGUUACGGCAGCGUAUGACACCGGCUUUCACCAGUGGAAAGCUGAAGGCCAUGUUCCCUCUUAUCGAGGAACGCGCAGAGCGGCUAAGGUCACGGGCACUGUCGGCGUCCGCGAAGGGUCGCCCUGUAGAUGCUAGAGACCUCAUGGCACGCUACACCACCGACUUCAUAGGUGCCUGUGGUUUCGGCCUCGACUCCGACUCCCUCCAAGACGAGAACUCCGCAUUCCGUAAGCUGGGUGCCAAAAUAUUCGAUAUACCAAUUAAAGAUGUUAUCCUGUCAGUCCUCAAGGAGAUGUUUCCUAGUACUUUCAAAAAUAUAAAAGUGAUGGCGCGUGUGGAGAAAGACCUGAUGGCGCUGGUGAAUGAGGUACUGCGCCAGAGAAACCAUGAACCAUCGGGAAGAAAUGACUUCAUCGAUCUGAUGCUGGAGUGUAAGAAAAAAGGAAUUAUCACUGGUGACUCGAUAGAAAAAGUGAACUCGAACGGGUCUCCAGAGAAAGCCUCUGUCGAGAUGACUAAUGAGUUGAUAGCGGCCCAGGUUUUCAUAUUUUUUGCAGCUGGGUUUGAGACCUCCUCCUCCGCAACGAGUACCACUCUUCACGAGCUGGCUUAUCAUCCAGAGGUCCAGAAAAAAGUCCAAAACGAAAUCGACACGGUGCUAGCCAAAUACAGUAAUAAGCUCUGUUACGAGGCAAUCAAGGAAAUGACAUACUUGGAAUGGGCUUUCAAGGAAGGAAUGAGAAUUUUUCCUUCCUUGGGGUUCCUAAUAAGACAGUGCGCCAAACCGUAUACCUUCGAGGAUCUCGGUCUCACCAUAGACGAGGGGGUUAAGAUCAUAAUUCCACUCCAGGCCCUGCACAACGAUCCUAAAUACUUUGACAACCCUAGUGAAUUCCGUCCAGAAAGAUUCGACCCCCAAAAUUUUGAUAGCAGGAACAGAUUCGUUUAUUUGCCUUUCGGGGAAGGUCCUCGUGCUUGUAUCGGAGAGCGUAUGGGCAUGAUGCAGUCGCUGGCUGGGCUCGCAGCGAUACUGUCAAGGUUCUCCGUCCAGCCUGCGCCGGGAGCGCCUCGAAAACCAACCAUCGAUACUCGCUCCAACAUUGUCCAAGUAAUACGAGGAGGUUUACCGCUCAUUUUCACAGAGAGACGACCAGACUGACCCGUAGUACGAACACGUACAUGAUAAGUGUGUCCAGAACUUAUGCAGCAUUAUGAGUUAACAAUAAGUGAUAAUUUAAGUGUAGUGAGGUAAACUUGUAACUAUUACGAGUAUAUAUUAACAGGGUUGGCACAAUAUUAUAUUUGCUAGUGAACGGAAAUAUAUUAUAAAUUACAUGAACACUGAUUAUACUAAUUUUCAAUGUUUGUUAAACUAUAAUUUUUUAUGCUGUGUAUAAAUAUUUCCCAGUUAUAAAAUAUAUAUAAUCCUACACAUCCAUAGAUCGGUUCAGAAUUUUCUUGGUCGUAGUAUAUGGCCCGGUUCACAGAGGUCUGCUGUGUUUCACAAAUCACUUUUAUAAUUAAAAUGCAAUCUCAAAAUCCAAAUUUGUAUAUAAACUAUAGUUAACAGCAUUAUCUUUUGGCAUCGUUCGUAUUAAAUUCUCUUGUCCUCGGUUAAAUCACUCAGUAAUAAACCUUCCUUUGAGUGACAACAUGUAUACAUGUUUACAUAAAUACGAAACAGAUUUCAGUCAUUGUAUUGUUCUUAUCAUAUUUGUACUGAAUAGUUUAAUGACAUUAUAAAUAUUGUAGGACAUUUUACGUUUUAAUUAAGUACAGAUAAUGUAACUUUGGGAUGGUUAGUUAUAUUAUUGUUUGUCCAACAAAGUAAGGAACGGAUCAAAUGAGAAUAACAAAUGUAACUUUGUCGCACGCGUCAUCUGAUACACCAGAACCGGUUUCAAAUUACUCUUAGAUAAAUAUAAUAAACUGUUAUAAAGACAUUAAUAAACGAUAUAGUAACAUACUAACAA